GAAUUUUUAAGGAUGGCAUGGGUGCAAAAUCGAAAGAAUUUUGAGCGUUUAAUAGAUUCCGCAGAAUAUAUGAACGCCGUUUAUGGUAGUCCGCUGGCUUAUUUAAAAGAAAAUGAACAAGUGAAAUUUGUAACUGAACGAGAAUACUACGGUGAUUUAGGAUAUGGAGAAUGUUUUAAUUCAACGUCUUCUGGAACUCAAUGUGAAAUAAUAACUGGAGAAUUUAAUCCAGAUUUAUUACCAUACGACAAAAAAAUGGCCUGGCAUCUUAAGGAAUUUUGUUAUAAAACAUCCGCACAUGGAAUUCCAAUGAUUGGAAGAGCACCAAACAAAAUAUACAGGGGAGUAUGGAUUUUAUUGUUUUUGGGAUGCCUAGUAAUGCUUUACUUAAAUGCUAUAAGCGUGCUCGAUAAGUAUCAUCGAAACGAAAAGAUCGUCGAUAUUCAAUUGAAAUUUGUAGAAUUAUUACGCUCUCAAAAAAUAUUUGCAGAUAGCGCACCGUUUCCGGCAAUAACUUUAUGCAAUUUAAAUCCGUAUAAAGUUAGUCAAGCAAAAAAUGUCGAUAUGGUCCAGAGGACGCUAUCCGCAUUCAAUGGUGCAAUGAAUAAAGCAAGCGGUGAUUCGGCGAUAUCAAAUCAGCAGAGGAAAAAAAGAUUUACAAAACUGAAUUUGAAAACAUCACUUUUUGAGCCAGGCUAUUCGAAAUGUGAAUGCCCUCAAAAUCAGAAUGGUGCAGAAUGUGAAGGCGAAAAAUAUAAAAGCGAAGAACCUAAGAAUGCUGACGAAAAAUGUUUAUGUGCCUUUGAUAGAAAUACGAAUGAUGCUUGGCCUUGUUAUUUGGCAGACCAAUGGGUACAAGAAAUAUGCGAAAAUUGCGAUUCUCGAGCUUUUUGCUCUCGAAGUAAGUCUUUAUAUUUUUUCUUUAAAGGAAAUCUUUCCUUAAUCAUUUUCCUUAAUAAAAGCAGAAAUAAUAGCUUUUUAGCUUCGAAAGAAAGAGAGAAUGUAAGUCCAUGCCUAUGCGCUCCAUCUGGUAAAUUUUGCGUUGCUUAUGAUGGAAAAUCGUCAAUACUUGAAAUUUGGCAAUAUCUAGCCGGUGGUGCGCCAACAGAAGAUCCAGCUUUCCUCGAAGCUAUGGGCUUUGAAGGAAUGACUGAUGAAGUGGCAAUAGUGACAAAGGCAAAAGAAAAUAUCAUCUUUGCGAUGGCAGCUUUGUCGAUGGAAGAGAGAAAACAACUAUCGACAACUAAACGAGAACUUGUCCAGAAAUGUUCAUUUAAUGGUGUUGCAUGUGACAUUGAAAAUGAUUUUUUAACGCACGUUGAUCCUAAUUUUGGUUCAUGUUUUACAUUUAACCAUAAUCGAUCGCAUCAUCUCACAAGUAUACGUGCAGGCCCUAUGUAUGGUUUACGUAUGUUAGUCUACGUAAAUGCAUCUGAUUAUAUGCCAACUACGGAGGCUACUGGAAUCAGAUUAACAAUUCACGACAAGGAAGAUUAUCCUUUCCCCGAUACUUUUGGCUAUUCAGCUCCCACAGGAUACAUUUCUUCUUUCGGACUUAGAUUGCGACGAAUGACUCGUUUACCAGCUCCAUACGGUGAUUGUGUACCAGACGGUAAAACUUCUGAAUACAUUUAUAAGAAUUACGAAUAUUCAGUUGAGGGUUGCUAUAGAUCUUGUUUUCAACAAUUGGUGCUUAAAGAUUGCAAAUGUGGUGAUCCGCGAUUUCCUGUUCCUGAUGGCCACGUUCAUUGCGAAGCAGCGAAUCCUGUUGCCAGGAAGUGCUUAGACGAGCGAAUAAAUGAAUUAGGCGGACUUCAUGGAAGCUUUCGAUGCAGAUGUCAGCAGCCAUGUAAACAAGCAAUGUACUCGGUUACAUACUCUCCGGCUAAAUGGCCAUCUCAAUCACUUCAAAUUCAACUUGGCUCAUGUAAUGGAACUCCAACUGAAUGUAAUCAACAUUAUAAAGAAAAUGGAGCAAUGAUAGAAGUUUUUUACGAGCAACUCAAUUACGAGAUGUUAACGGAAUCUGAAGCGUACGGCUUGGUGAAUUUAUUGGCCGAUUUUGGUGGACAAUUAGGUUUAUGGUGUGGAAUAAGUUUUCUCACCUGUUGUGAAUUUGCAUUUCUAAUAUGCGAAACAGCUUAUAUGGCAGCACAAUACAAUUAUACAUUAUGGAAGAAAAAAAAAGCCGAAAAAGAAAAAGCUCGCCAAAUUUAA